UAGAAGACGGUUGGAACAAGCGGUGGAAAAUAUUUUUGUAGUGGUUGACAUUGUUGUUUUUGUUGUUAUUUAUUGUUAGUAAAACGGUUAACGUUUUUUAUGUUGGCUUUCAUCUACAACUUUUACUAUACACUUGUUUUCGUCGGCUUAAUAGAUUCAUUGUUCGUUCAUUCGUAGUUUCGUCGGUUGUGAGUUUGUGUGUGUUUUUUUUAAUUUGUUGCUUUGAAAAGAAAUUUUUUGUUAAAACUUAUGGCUGGAAGUCUCAAGCUUGGAAUGUUUAGUCGCUCUGAAGUAUUAUAACGGAAAACACAUAUAAUUCGAAGACGAAUGUGAAGUAGACAACAAAAAUUUUGAUAAAAUGAUUUAAACAGUUUGAUGUUGAAUAAAUAAUGUUUGAAUUACCUAUUUAUGAAAAUAAAAUGAAUUUUGUAGUAAUAACGCAGUAAAGUUUUACUAACUUGUACUUAGUGUAAAAAAGAAAACAUACAAAAUAAAAAAGAAAGUUGGUAUUAUUAAACAAAUGUUGGAGCAUUUUUUUAUUUUUAUUGCAACCUGCUGCGUGUAACGGUGACAUACAUUUCAUAAGAAACGAGAAAACUGUUCACAUCUUAAAAAAAUCACCUGUUAAUAAAGUCCAAUGUAUUAAACAGAAAUCCGAAAAAAACAAACAAAAAUUAAAUUAACUUAACUUAGAAAAAGUUUAUAAGAUAAAUAGAAAAUAAAAAAGUUUUGAUACAUGUGUUUCGAAAAUAUUUCAUUUAAUAUACGAGUACAAAGUCCUUUUCAACAACAUGCCUAAAAUUACAACACCAUCGUUAUUGCUCAUCAUCAGUCUAUUAGGAUAUUAUGCACGCAUUGAUGCGCAAAAUAUAGAAUCGUCUCAUUGUAGUUUUCCUGGGUCACCAGCUCACAGUACAGUUGUGUUUUCGAAUGUAAAUUUAACAGAUGGUACCAUUGCAUCAUAUUCUUGUGAAAGAGGUUUUGAAUUGUUAGGACCUGCAAGACGAGUCUGUGAUAAGGGCACAUGGGUUCCUGAAGGAAUACCUUUUUGUGUACUUAAUGUUGCUGCAGGCAAAGCACCAAUGCAGAUUUCUACGGAUGGUACCGGUGCACCUCAAAAAGCUAUAGAUGGUUCUACAUCUGCGUUCUAUACCCCAGAGACCUGUUCACUCACAAAGCCCGAGCGAUCACCGUGGUGGUAUGUUAACCUGUUGGAACCGUACAUGGUACAAUUAGUGCGUUUGGAUUUCGGAAAAUCGUGUUGUGGUAAUAAACCUGCCACCAUUGUUGUGCGCGUUGGUAACAACCGACCUGAUUUGGGUACCAAUCCCAUUUGCAACCGAUUUACGGGUCUUUUAGAGGAAGGGCAACCAUUGUUUUUACCUUGUAAUCCUCCGAUGCCGGGAGCUUUCGUUUCCGUACAUUUAGAAAAUAACACUCCCAAUCAACUGUCUAUCUGUGAAGCAUUCGUUUAUACUGAUCAAGCAUUACCUAUUGAGCGUUGUCCUACAUUCCGAGAUCAGCCUCCAGGUGCUUUAGCCUCAUAUAAUGGAAAAUGCUACAUUUUUUACAAUAGACAACCUUUGAAUUUUUUGGACUCUUUGUCUUUUUGUCGAUCACGCGGUGGUACUUUAAUCAGCGAGAGCAAUCCAGCCCUUCAAGGUUUCAUCAGUUGGGAGUUAUGGCGCCGGCAUCGCAGUGAUGUAAGUUCACAAUAUUGGAUGGGUGCUGUUCGAGAUUCCGAAGAUCGAAAUACCUGGAAAUGGGUUAAUGGUGAGGAAGUAACUGUUUCAUUUUGGAAUCAUCCAGGAGGUGACGAAGAUUGCGCUAGAUUUGACGGUUCUAAGGGAUGGCUAUGGAGUGACACAAAUUGCAAUACAAUGUUAAAUUUCAUUUGUCAACACCAACCUAAAACUUGUGGUAGACCCGAACAGCCUCCUAAUUCUACAAUGGUUGCACAGAAUGGCUUUGAAGUUGGAGCACAAAUUAAAUAUACUUGCGAUGUUAAUCAUUUACUGGUUGGUCCAUCAACAAGAACAUGUUUAGAGACUGGCUUCUACAAUGAGUUUCCUCCCGUUUGCAAAUAUAUCGAAUGCGGUCUGCCCGCUUCUAUACCUCAUGGCACAUAUGACCUUUUGAAUGGUACAGUGGGAUAUUUGAGUUUGGUAAAGUAUUCAUGCCAGGAAGGUUAUGAAAUGGUAGGCAGAGCUUUAUUAACGUGUGAUUUUGACGAGCGUUGGAAUGGUCCGCCACCACGUUGUGAGAUUGUGGAGUGUGAUACAUUGCCUGGCAACUACUAUAGUACGAUAAUUUCUACUCCAAACGGUACCUACUUUGGAUCUAAAGCAGAAAUCUCGUGUCCUACAGGUUAUCGUUUGGAAGGCCCACGUGUGAUAACUUGUCUGUCGUCGGGACAAUGGAGUAGUGCUCUACCACGUUGUAUUAAAUUGGAACCAUUAACACUUCCCCCACCAUCCCCAACACCUACUUUACCAUCUACAACAUCAUAUAAGCCCAAAAUUACUACAACAAAGAAAAUAUACAAACCAACAACUACAUCUGCUAGCACCACUACUCAUGGCACCAAUCAGAGUCCAAAUAUUGAACUUAAUGUUGAAACUGAUUCCGAUGAAGAUGUUACGUAUGUGGUACCAGGUACUGUGCGUGAAGAAUUCCCUCCUAGACGUACCCUGAGACCAGUAAUUGUACCUAAGAAACCCAAUACCACUCCAGCAUUCCAAAUUCCUAGUUCCACUGCAUCUUAUUCCACAAGCACUUCGAAACCAUCAUCUGGUUUUGGUCAAACUCAUAAUCGUGUCCCUUAUAUUCCUUCGUCUACUAUGGAUACAACAACACAUAACAUUCAAAAUGUCAUUCAAAAUGCACAUCCUCAAGACAAUGAAAUUUCGGAUAGUGUUAAUAUACGUCAUAACCAAUCCCCUAAUGUCAACGUACCUAUAUCCGUGGAUAAUCCAGAUCGCAAAGAAACGAAGGAAGCAAAAUUAAAUUUGGGAGCAAUUGUUGCUUUGGGUGCUUUCGGAGGCUUUGUAUUCCUUGCUGCAGUAAUUACGACAAUUGUUAUAUUAGUACGCAGAAAUCGUACUACUCAACAUUAUCGACAUAGAGCUUCCCCCGACUGCAAUACAGUUGCCUCAUUCGAUAGUUCUACUUCGGGCUCUAGGAAUGGUUUAAAUAGGUACUAUAGGCAAGCUUGGGAAAAUUUACAUGAAUCAGCCUCUAAAAACAGUUCACACCAUGCACUCCGACGUAAAGAAACUCUUGAUCCUCCCAGUAUGACACGGUCAAGAGAUAACUUAAGGGAAAAUAUCCAAAGGUCCAGAGAAAAUUUAGAACGUGUUGGUCGAGAUAAUUAUGGAUUGCGUGAAAAUUCUGAAAUGGUUGUUUCCGACGUAUGUCUAAAAGAAAAGAAACGUCAUCAUCACCAUCAUCACAAAAACGGUUCCUCGCGCAAUGGGGAAUUCCGAGACAAUUCGGCGGGCAGGCGCGAACACCAUCGACAUAGUGGAGGACACUAUUGACCAACUAUGAUUAUAACCAUCAAUGUAGAACAAUAAAAAUAAAACGGGCUGCAAUAUUCACAAACUAAAGUUAAAUGCAUUGGAGUAAAUCUAAUGUUAAAAAGCAAAACAACGAAGCAAUUACGUUCUAAACAUAAUUAGAGUAGCUACUAUAAAUAAUUACAUAUUUAAGUAAUUUAUACAAUUUAUUUUUUAAGACUUCUUCAUCCACAAAGAAAAAUAGUCAGCAGUUUUUUUUAUAAUCAUACUAUACAUUCGAGAAUAAUUGAAAACAUCUCGCUCAUUAGUAACUGAAGUGACAUACCUCAAAAACAUAACAAAGUUUGAAUUUUUUUUAGUUUUGA